AUGGAGGGACAGACUCCUGGAGGCAGAGGCCUUUUGGAAAAGCCGGUGACCGCCAGCCACGGUCUGUCCUCACUGAGCGCUGUCUUCAUCCUCCUGAAAUCUGCGCUGGGGGCCGGCCUGCUCAACUUCCCCUGGGCCUUCCACAAGGCCGGUGGGGUGGUCCCCGCCUUCCUGGUAGAGCUGGUCUCCUUGGUCUUCCUGAUCAGUGGGCUGGUCAUCCUGGGCUAUGCCGCCUCCGUCAGUGGCCAGGCCACCUACCAGGGCGUGGUUGGACGGCUGUGUGGACCUGCCAUCGGGAAGCUGUGUGAGGCCUGCUUCAUCGUCAACCUGCUCAUGAUCUCCGUGGCCUUCCUCAGGGUGAUCGGGGACCAGCUGGAGAAGCUGUGUGACUUCCUCCUGCCCAGUGCGCCACCCACCCUGCCGCCGUGGUAUGCUGACCAGCGCUUCACCUUGACCCUGCUCUCCAUGCUGGUCAUCCUGCCCCUGUCCGCCCCGAGGGAGAUCGGGUUCCAGAAAGUCACGAGCUUCCUAGGCACCCUGGCCGCCUGCUACCUGGCCCUGGUCAUCGUGGCACAGUACUACCUGGGGCCCCAGGGCCUUGCUCGUGAGCCCCGUCCUGCGCCGAGUCCUUCCUCCUGGACCUCUGUGUUUAGUGUCUUCCCCACCAUCUGCUUUGGAUUUCAGUGUCACGAAGCUGCUGUCUCCAUCUACUGCAGCAUGCGCAACCAGAGCCUGUCCCACUGGGCCCUGGUCUCCGUGCUGUCCUUGCUGGCCUGCUGCCUUGUCUACUCGCUGACAGGCGUUUAUGGCUUCCUGACCUUCGGGACUGAAGUCUCCGCCGACAUCCUGAUGUCCUACCCGGGUGACGACGGGGUCAUCAUCGUGGCCCGAGUCCUCUUCGCCGUCUCCAUUGUGACCGUCUACCCCAUUGUGCUCUUCCUGGGGAGGUCGGUGAUGCAGGAUUUCUGGAGGAGGAGCUGUUGCCAGGCGUGUGGGCCCAGGGCCCUGGCCAACCCCUCGGGGCUGCUGACCGUCCUGUGGGUCACCGUGACGCUCGCCAUGGCCCUGUUCCUGCCGGACCUCAGCGAGAUCAUCGGCAUCAUCGGCGGCAUCAGUUCCUUCUUCAUCUUCAUCUUCCCAGGUCUGUGCCUCAUCUGUGCCAUCGGCACCGAGCCCAUAGGACCACGAGUCAAGUGCUGCUUGGAGGUCUGGGGAGUAGUGUCCGUGCUCAUCGGCACCUUCAUCUUUGGGCAGAGCACGGUGGCAGCCGUCUUGGAGCUCCUAUGA